AUGGCUUUUGAGCCCAGUCCCUCGCAAGAUUUCUGCGUUGCAGACACUACAAGUCCAGUCCUCGUUAAUGGUCGUGCUUGCAUGGACCCAAAAUUUGUGCAGCCUGCACAUUUUUCCUUCAGUGGGCUUCACGUAGCUGGCAAUACAUCCAAUCGUCAAUGUGGCUCAAAUACCGGGAUUGAACACCUUGGUAUCUCUCUGGCUCGGAUUGACUAUGCAGAAUGCGGUGUUCUCCCUCCCCACAUGCAUCCACGUGCCACAGAGAUCUUGACAGUCCUAGAAGGGACACUUGAAGUUGGCUUUGUGACCUCCAACCCUGAGAACCGAUUCAUUUCAAAAGUUCUUCAAAAGGGUGAUGUGUUUAUCUUUCCGAUUGGCCUUGUUCACUACCAAAGAAACGUGGGGUAUGGAAGUGCCGUUUCGAUCUCUGGUUUGAGCAGCCAGAAUCCUGGUGUCAUUACUGUGACUAAUGUUGUUUUUGGAUCAAACCCGCCUUUGCCAGCUGAUAUGCUCGCCAAAGCAUUUCAGGUGGACAAGAAUGUGGUUGAUAACCUUCAAGUCAUUUUCUAA